GUCAGCCCCUUUGACUUGAGCAAAGCAGUUAUUUUUACAUUCUUUCUGAGAUCUUUAUAAAUUUCGAAAAUUUCUUUGUACAAGCUUUAAGCUUACCUAAUUUCGCCAUGAAAAUCUUCGAAGGGAUCGGUAAUCAGUUUUGCCGCGUUGUGCGCAACAACCUAAAUAUACCCCUAUCAUUUUGCGAAACACGCUCCGUUUGGAAAUUCUCGAGCAGUCGCGAGGCAAUGGUAUUCUUCUGUGCCCUCGGCUUCGGUAUCCUUGGCGUGAUAUUACAUUUUAUAGGUUUCAUGAACCUUUUCUUCGGAGCGAUGCGUUUGGGGCCAAUCAGAAUCUUGACAAACAAAAACUUUUUAAUGCUGACAGCGUCGUUAUUAGUGAUAUACGCCAUGGUGUUUAUCAAGCCGUGUUUCAUAUAUCCCUUUCUUGUGCUUUCUGGCAUCAUCUUGACCAUCGAUUUGUUCGUCCUGGUAUUAGAUAUCGUGCGACGUGUCAGGAUACCACUGGACCGCAAGGUGACCAUUUGGAAUAUGAUGCUCAACUUGUGCUUUGUUGUUUACGUACAGGCGAUCCUCAACAAACAGGACUAAUUUUAGCUUACGAUGCGUUCUAUGAUGAUAGGCCAAGUUAUUAGACACAUUCGUUUUUGUUUUUUGUUGUUAAAAACAUAUAAAUACUUACACAUUUCUGAAAAAUAAAAUCACUAACAUCGCA